AUGAUCAUCAAGGAAGUAGGGAGCAAAGAUUCCCGGAACCACAAUUACCAGCUGUAUGGAGUCAGAAUCACGAAGGUGGACUGGCAGCGGCAGAGGAACGCCACUAGCCACCACACCCAGGAGUUCCCCAGCCCCAACCUGGUGGUCCGCAGGGGUCAGGCGUUCACCAUCCUAAUGAGUGUCAGCAGGGCCCUGGAGAGCGAGGAGGCCCUCGUCUUCACGGUGGAAACAGGACCGCAGGCUUCUGAGGCUCUCCACACCAAAGCUGAGUUCCAAACCUCGGGGCCGGAGCAGGACACUGCCUGGAGGGCAGCUCAGGAGACUCAGACCCAGAACGCCGUGACCGUCAGCCUCACCAGCCCUCCCAACGCUGCCAUCGGCCACUACCAGCUGAGUGCCAGGCUUUCCUCCCGCCGCAAGCACAGCAACAGGAAACUGGGCGAGUUUGUGUUACUUUUCAACCCAUGGUGCCCAGAGGACGAUGUGUUCCUGGCCUCAGAGGAAGAGCGACAGGAGUACGUGCUGAACGACAGCGGGGUCAUCUUCCGAGGCGUGGAGAACCACAUCCGAGCCCAAGGCUGGAACUACGGGCAGUUUGAGGAGAACAUCUUGAACAUCUGUCUUUCCAUCCUGGACCGAAGCCCCAGUCACCAAGACAACCCAGCCAGCGACGUGUCCAGCCGCCAUGACCCCGUCUACAUCACCAGGGUCAUCAGUGCCAUGGUGAACAGCAACAAUGACCGGGGCGUGGUGCAAGGCCAGUGGCAGGGCAAGUAUGGCGGUGGCACCAGCCCACUGCACUGGCAAGGCAGUGUGGCCAUUCUGCAGAAGUGGUUCAAGGGCAGGUACAAGCCUGUCAAAUACGGCCAGUGCUGGGUCUUCGCUGGAGUCAUGUGCACAGUCCUUAGGUGCCUGGGGAUCGCCACACGGGUUGUGUCCAACUUCAACUCGGCCCAUGACACAGACAGGAACCUGAGUGUGGACAAAUAUGUGGACUCUUUUGGGCGGACCCUGGAGGACCUGACGGAAGACAGCAUGUGGAAUUUCCACGUCUGGAACGAGUGCUGGUUUGCCCGGAAGGACCUGGGCCCCUCGUACAAUGGCUGGCAGGUGCUGGAUGCCACCCCCCAGGAGGAGAGUGAAGGUGUGUUUCGCUGUGGCCCGGCCUCCGUCACUGCCAUCCGUGAGGGCGAUGUGCACCUGGCCCAUGACGGCCCGUUCGUGUUUGCGGAGGUCAAUGCGGACUACAUCACCUGGCUCUGGCAUGAGGGCGAGAGCCGAGAGCGUGUGUACUCAGACACAAAGAAGAUCGGGAGAUGCAUCAGCACCAAGGCGGUGGGCAGCGACGCCCGCGUGGAUAUCACCAGCCUCUACAAGUACCCUGAAGGGUCCCGGAAGGAGAGACAGGUGUACCGCAAGGCCAUGCGGAAGCUGUUGAGCGUGGAGGCCUUCGGAAGAAGGGACCGUGUCCGCAGGGCCGGAGGGCGAGGCGUGUGGCAGGAUGACCUCCUGGAGCCCGCCACAAAGCCCAGCAUCACCGGAAAGUUCAAGCUGCUGGAGCCUCCUGUCUUGGGCCACGACCUGAAGCUGACCCUGUGUCUGGCCAAUCUCACCUCUCGGGCCCAGGAGGUCCAGGUCAACCUGAGUGGUGCCACGAUCCUCUACACCCGCAGGCCGGUGGCAGAAAUCCUGCAUGAAUCCCAUGCUGUCCAGCUGGCGCCUGAGGAAGAGAAAAAGAUCCCCAUCGCAAUAGCUUACUCUCAGUAUAAGGAAGACCUGACGGAGGACAAGAAGAUCCUGUUGGCGGCCAUGUGCCUUGUCACCAAAGGAGAGAAGCUCCUGGUGGAGAAAGACAUUACUCUGGAGGACUUCAUCACGAUCAAGGUGCUGGGCCCCGCUGUGGUGGGGGUGGCCGUUGUGGUGGAAGUGAUGGUGGUCAACCCCCUCUUGGAGAGAGUGGAGGACUGUGUGCUGAUGGUGGAGGGCAGUGGCCUGCUCCAAGGACAGCUCAGCAUUGAUGUGCCCAGUCUGGAGCCUCAGGAGAAGGCCUGGGUCCAGUUCAACAUUACCCCCUCCAGGAGUGGCCCAAGGCAGCUGCAGGUGGACCUUGUCAGCCCCCACUUCCCAGACAUCAAAGGCUUCGUGAUCAUUCACGUGGCCGAAGCCAAGUGA